AUGCGGAACUCCAACUUGCUUGCAGCUCUCCUUGUUUGGGGGCUGCUCGCUUUUCCAAGGCGAGAAGGCCUUCUCUUUAGCAGCCCGGGCUGGCAAUCUGCAGAAAGACCUCGAUUCCAGAAGAGCAGAUUGAAUGCGGCUGCAGGCACUUCAACUCUGCCAGCCACGCAGUCCAUCCUGCCUGCGAUCCGGGAAGCAGCUGGUGAGAUGGGCUGCCUGGACGAAUGGAUGAGCUCGGCAUCUUCCCUUGCGGCUGCCUGCGACAUGGAGCUCGAGGACGCAGAGACGCUUCUUGCAAAGGGUUUCGGAUGGUCGACCUGGUUGGCAGUGAACAGAGCACAAUAUCUGAAGCCAGACGUGCCGCGACCGCUAGAAGUCGCAGAGUCUCUCAAGUGGCUUGCAUCCCAGCCCUUGAACUUGAAUCCGACGGAGUUGAGGGCAGUGGUUCAAGGCAGCCCAAAGGCAUCACUGCGGAACCCUGCAGCAUCCUAUGCCGACUCCUUGGCAACGGCACCAGAGGAGUUUCAGCAACCGGCAGCAUUUCGAGAGCUGCUGAUUCGGCUCUUCUGGUACGUGAAGUCUGCGAUCCGCCGAAGCUGGAGUCAUGGCGGCAUCGAUGUGAUGACGCCGAGACAAUUUCGCUUUCAAGCUCGGCGAGGUCUCUGCCAAAAUCAUGAGAACCAGCCAGCGCUUAGCAACCUGGUCAACAAGGCAAGGCGAGCUGCUGCUCUGGCUCUUUUCCGGACGAUGCGGCUCAGGAGCCAAGACCCCAGUGCGAGGGCGACUGCUGAUCUACCGGCCGAUGGCCAAGGGCAGCUUUUCAAGUUCUUAGGCAGCCUCCUGUCCGCCAAAGAUGCUCCAGAUCUGAUGGAGACGCUGUCGCAGACCGUGGACAAGCUGGCAGCGGUCAAGGAGGCAAAGGCCUGGUGCAUGGUGCGCAUCAGUUUCUUUUGCUGUACAGCCGUAUUGCAAGCCGAAGAAGCUGCAACCAGGCCCUGCCAGUGCUACCAGGUAGUCGCAAUCGGCUCUCAGGCUGCAGAGGACAAGCAGGUCAUCAUCACAGCAUUGUCUGGCGCCGUGAAUAUUGCUCCGGCCCCACCCAUGUACUUGCGCUUCCCUCCCACAUGCGACGGCACAGAGGUGCGGUCCAACCUUUCGAAGUUCUCAGAGGCCCUCGCCAUGAGCCUGCAGGGUGCCGGGGUGCCCACGAGCUUGGAGACUCAAGACCCGGCCCUGGUCCGCAACAUCCUGCGCACACUGCGCGGCUCUUGGUGGGCAUGUGACAGCUUGGCGAUGGAUUGCGUCGAACUGGAUCCCAUUCCGAUUGGGCGAGGUGCUGUCAAGAUCUUCGUGGAAGGUGAGCUUGCAGCAUUGUUCAACAAGGCUAUGCAGAUGAAGGUUGGCUCCUCCACACCUACCUACAUUGAGCUUUCCGGUGACAGCUUCGAGUGGCAGUUUAUCUACGAUUUGGACAAGGUGUCAGCUGACAAGGAAGCAGCCCGGUUGCACGGAGCUUCGAUCGCUCGGAGCCCUAACGCAAUCACUGAUGAGAACCUCGGCUAUCGCUUGUAUGUCCUCCCGUGCUUCGAAGCCACAACUCUGGAAGAGGUGAAGGAGAAGCGUCAGCUGGUGAUGGAUCAGCAGCUCCUCGUGCAUCAAAUUGUGAAGCUGCACUCCAAGCAGCUGCCUGGGAAAUGCUUUGGCCAUGGACCACAGUUCUCGGUUCCCGGCAUGAGGACCCUGGAUGGUGGCCUAGUGGGUGCUGACAAGGUGCCCGGCUUGAAGUGUGAACAACCGGGGUUUUCGUUGGUUGACAGUGCGACUCCUGCUCUUGCGGCGCACCUCGCGGUCUCACAGGCGCUGCAGGAGGAGAUCGACAGCGCUGUGCUGAUGCUGCUUUCUUACCUGGCACACCUCGGGGAGGUGCAAGUGCAAGUGACUGCAAGUGCUGCCCGCGGCUGCAGAUUUCCCUCCAGGAUGAGCCGCACGCAGCCAUCACUUCGGAGGCAGAGAUCUUCACCCUCAUGUACAAUGCCGUGGCCUUACAGCUAA